ACCGCGGGCGGGGGGCGGGUGCCUGGCGGGCCGCGAACGUAGCCAUCGCGCUUGGGCCGCCGAGAUUGAGUGCCCGGGAUGAACCUCACCUGGAAAAAGGGCUUCUACAAGCAGGACGUCAACAAGACCGCCUGGGAGCUGCCCAAGAGCUACGUGUCCCUGACGCACGUAGGCAGCGGGGCCUACGGCGCCGUGUGCUCAGCCAUCAACAAGCGGUCAGGGGAGAAGGUGGCCAUCAAGAAACUGAGCCGGCCCUUCCAGUCUGAGAUCUUUGCCAAGCGGGCCUAUCGCGAGCUGCUGCUGCUGAAGCACAUGCAGCAUGAGAACGUCAUCGGACUCCUGGAUGUCUUCACCCCAGCCUCUUCCCUGCGCAACUUUCAUGAUUUCUACCUGGUGAUGCCCUUCAUUCAGACGGACCUGCAGAAGAUCAUGGGAAUGGAGUUCGGUGAGGACAAGAUCCAGUACUUGGUGUAUCAGAUGCUCAAAGGUCUUAAGUACAUCCACUCAGCUGGGAUCAUCCACAGGGACCUGAAGCCAGGCAACCUCGCUGUGAAUGAAAACUGCGAGCUGAAGAUUUUGGAUUUUGGGUUGGCACGGCAUGCAGAUCCAGAGAUGACUGGCUAUGUGGUGACCCGCUGGUACCGGGCCCCUGAGGUGAUCCUCAGCUGGAUGCACUACAACCACACUGUGGACAUCUGGUCUGUGGGCUGUAUCAUGGCAGAGAUGCUGAUGGGGAAAACUCUGUUCAAGGGGAGAGAUUACCUGGACCAGCUGACGCAGAUCCUGAAAGUGACGGGGGUGCCGGACGCUGAGUUUGUGCAGAAGUUGAAUGACAAAGCGGCCAAAUCCUACAUCCAGUCCCUGCCACAAAUCCCCAAGAAGGAUUUCUGUCAGCUCUUCCCACAUGCCAGCCCCCAGGCUGCAGACCUGCUGGAGAAGAUGCUGGAGCUGGACGUGGACAAGCGCCUGACUGCCUCUCAGGCCCUCACCCACCCCUUCUUUGAAUCCUGCCGGGACCCUGAGGAGGAAACAGAGGCCCAGCAGCCAUUUGAUGAUUUCUUAGAACAUGAGAAACUCACAGUGGAUGAAUGGAAGCAGCACAUUUACAAGGAGAUUGUGAACUUCAGCCCCAUCGCCCGGAAGGACUCUCGGCGCCGGAGUGGCAUGAAGCUGCAGUAGUGACCCGUCUAGCCCGACCCUCGGCUGAGCCCAGGAAUGGCCACAUGGUACCACCUGCCAGGCACUGCCCCUGGGACCAAUAUUUAUUUAUUGACGUUUUAACCUGUCUUGGAUUAUAGCCUUCCAAGCAGAGGACAGAGGACCCUUGUCCUUGUGUAGGCAACAGGCCUAGUAGAUGCAGAAUUGAGAGGUGUUGGUUGGGAGAAAAUAGCUAUGAUAAUAACUGGCCAUAUUAAAGCACCCAUCCAGAGAAUCGCC